AUCCAGCUGAAUUCUGAGCUGGGGCACUUCACCGUGAGGCUGCAAAUCAAGCAGAUGUGCUUGCUGUGAAUUGCUACAGUGUCUGAACUUUUGUAUGCCAAAGGUGAUAACACCUUCCUUCUUCUGGGAUUUUUUUUCAUUCUUUUAUAUUGUGUGUGUUCUCUGUAAAGGGAAUGAAAUGGAGAAGUUGAAGAAAUAUGCAUUGCUGAAAGAUGAAGAUCAGUUUUAUCAUGAGGGAGCUGUGGAGUUGCUAGUCUUUAACUUUCUGCUUAUUCUUACAAUAUUAACAAUUUGGUUGUUUAAAAACCAUCGAUUCCGCUUUCUGCAUGAAACUGGAGGAGCUAUGGUUUAUGGCCUUGUAAUGGGAUUAAUUAUACGAUACGCAACAAAAACAUCAGAUGUUGAAAAUGGAACUGUUUAUGAAUGUGAAAAGCUGAAAUCUGGGCCAUCCAGUCUACUUAUUAAUAUAACGAAUCAGGUCUAUGAAUACCAAUACAAAAGAGAGAUCAACCAUCACAAUGUCAAUGGUCACCAGGGCAAUCCAAUGCUUCAAAAGAUGACAUUUGAUCCUUCCAUCUUCUUCAAUAUCUUGCUGCCACCUAUUAUAUUUCAUGCUGGAUAUAGUUUAAAGAAGAGACAUUUCUUUCGUAACUUGGGAUCAAUUUUAACCUAUGCAUUUUUGGGAACUGCCAUCUCCUGCAUUGUCAUAGGGUUGAUAAUGUAUGGUUUUGUGAAGGCCAUGGUGCACAUUGGCCAGUUAAAAGGAUGGGAAUUCCACUUCACUGACUGUUUAUUUUUUGGAUCGCUGAUGUCUGCCACAGAUCCAGUGACAGUCCUUGCUAUUUUCAAUGAGCUGCACGUGGAUACAGAUUUGUACACACUUCUAUUUGGAGAGAGCGUCCUAAAUGAUGCUGUAGCUAUUGUGCUGACAUACUCUAUAUCCAUUUACAGUCCCAAGGAGAAUCCUAAUGCAUUUGAUGCUGCUGCUUUCUUUCAGUCAGUGGGAAAUUUUCUGGGGAUCUUUGCUGGAUCGUUUGCUAUGGGAUCCUCUUAUGCAGUUGUCACAGCUUUAUUGACAAAAUUUACAAAGCUGUGUGACUUUCCCAUGUUGGAGACAGGUCUGUUUUUCCUCCUAUCUUGGAGUGCCUUCUUAUCAGCAGAAGCUGCUGGUCUCACAGGUAUUGUUGCAGUUCUUUUCUGCGGAGUCACACAAGCCCAUUAUACCUACAACAAUCUCUCAUCAGAUUCCAAAAUGAGAACUAAACAGCUGUUUGAGUUCAUGAAUUUCUUAGCUGAGAAUGUCAUCUUCUGCUACAUGGGACUUGCUCUGUUCACCUUUCAAAACCACAUCUUCAACCCUCUUUUUAUAUUUGGUGCAUUUCUGGCAGUCUUUGUAGCAAGAGCUUGCAACAUAUAUCCACUUACUUUCCUUUUGAAUUUUGGUCGAAAACAAAAGAUUCCCUGGAAUUUUCAACACAUGAUGAUGUUUUCAGGUUUACGUGGUGCAAUAGCUUUUGCAUUGGCUAUUCGAGACACAGAAUCCCAAUCCAAACAAAUGAUGUUCACAACAACACUGCUUAUUGUGUUUUUCACAGUCUGGGUAUUUGGUGGAGGCACAACACCAAUGCUCACAUGGCUUCAGAUCAGAGUUGGUGUAGAUCCAGAUGAAGAUAUGAAAGCAGAAGCUGCAAACCAGACUGCAUGUAACUUGGAUAAAAAUACAACCAAAGCAGAGAGCGCAUGGCUGUUCAGAGUUUGGUAUGUAUUUGAUCACAGAUACCUAAAACCUAUUUUAACACAUGCCGGUCCACCUCUCACGACGACGUUACCUGACUGGUGUAAUCCUGUUGCCAGAAUUCUGACCAGCCCCAGGGCAUAUGGCGAUCAGCUGAAGAAUGAGGACACAGAUUAUAUCAUAAAUAAUGAUGAACUGACCAAAAACUAUGAAGCAUCUGCUCACACACUAGUGCCUGCACAGGACAAAACAGGCUGCAGCAGCCAGGCUGUAGGCAAGGAAGAUAUUCAUGAAGGAGACCUUGGAUUAGGAGCAUACAAACUCCAGCUUGAACACACUCCAGGUCAACCUGAGCUGAAUUCAUCAGCAUGAACAGUGUAAUUUUAAAUCAGAAGAAAUAAGUAAACCAAAGAAAUAAAAGAUAUAACUUCAUGAACAAAAAACAAGAAAACAUAUUAAGGUUUCUUAGAUUUUUGUGCUAAGAUGUUACCAAGUAAGUUCUGGUUUCUCUGUUGAAAAAAAAAAAAAUAGUAUCAUCUACACAACUACAACAAUAUGCAAUUUUUCUUUACUGCAGCACUUCUUAUUAAUAAAAGAUAGAUACUGCCAGCCCUCUGUAAAUCCAUUACAGUCACAUGUUGUCUGAGAUGGCAUUUGACUGCAUCAUAUCCUUUUCACAUGUACGCUUUCCUCUGAACAUUAAUUAUAAUCUUCAGUCUGCUGGGAUGAAGACAAAUACCUUCCUAACAUACUCAGAGCAUGUCUAAUACAAAGCUCCUAGAACCUUUGUAUUGAAGACUGGAUUCUCAGAGGUAAAAUGUGCUUAUUUUACUCUGCUUCAUCUUGGUAGCAAGGUCAGCUGUAGUUAGAAAAACAAGAGGAGAAUUUAAGUAUGAAAGUAUUAAUUAUAUCUGCAUAAACGCAACAAUGGAAUGAACAAGGAUUCAAUCUCACACACCUAGAUGCCCUAUCCCUAUUAUUAUGUUCUAGCACAGACGAGCACUUGUACCUACUACAUAAAUAGUGUAAACACAGGGAGAGAGCCAGGCUAUCGUUAGGUCACAUGCUUUUUCUCACCUCCAGAGUUUCAACAUACAGCAGAUAAUAUUCCUGACUAAGCUUCUUAAGUAGGGUCACUCUCAAUGCACACCAUAAGCAACGAAUUUGUCAUCUCAGAAAAAAAUGAGUCAUUUUCAUGAGUGUUUGUAAAGACAAGUAUAUCUUGAUUUCAACAUAGACAGAAACUGAAAUACAAAUUUAAAUAUAAUCAAACCUUAGUCAUUCUUUUCCAGCCUAAUUAAUUAGUAAAUGCAACUAGAACAGCUGCUUUAAGCCGUAAAUUUGAACACUAGAGUCCUACAUGCUGUUAUGAAAGAUCAGAAGUCUAGUUUGACAUUUUAUUUUUCCCUAAAUACUAACCAAGAAAUUUCAAAGGAACUUAGUUCAUGUGUGGUUUAAAAAAAAUAAGUCACAAUAGGUUCUGAGAAAAAGUAAUUAAUUGCCAACUCCUUGCUUUGUCUUACUGUGGUGAAGCUAAAUAUGUGUGUGUGUGUGUGUGUGUGUGUGUAACAGGUUAUGAGAAGGGAUGGAGAUGGGGUGAAGAUAAGAUUUUCUGGCCUAGUACUAUGCAUCCAGCAGCACAUCAUCAGAAUGGCAAAGAGAACAGCAAACAAGAUAAACAAGCUGUUACAAGCUGCAGUGACAUUAAUAUGCAGCAACACCACGAGAAAACUAUUACCACAGAUGGGUAGAAGCACAGUCCUGAUUUCAGUAGCCAGAGUUUCCAAUUUCUAUCUUCACAAGUUCUGAGUACUUCUCCCAGGCUUCCUAUGUUCCUCAAGAAGCAUGGACUCCCACCCUUAGCCUGUAGCACAAACUAAUAAGCUGUUGCAGGAUUUCAAAGAUGCCAAGCUGUUUUUCCCAACUGCUAUACGUACUGGAAAUGACAAGCUCUUAACCAAAAGUUCUGGUCUGCAAUGCAUCCUGCAGCACACUGUGGGAUUUUCACUGAUUUAUUUGUUGUAUCUAUGUCCAAAUUUCUCACACUUCUGAGAAACAUGAUCAAUGAAGAACUCUAGGGCCUGAAAUUCUAUUUAUUCUAAAAAGAGUCAGUAGUGAAAACACUCUUCACUGUUCUAUCUGCAUGCCUAAAAGUCCAUAUUACUUGGUAAAGAAAGUCAUUUCUUGUAACAGAAGUGCUCAUUCUUCAUGUCUUCGCAUAUCAGAUUUUUAUGCUAAGCUUGUCAAGAGGCUGAAUCAGAGGUCCCAGCAAGAUGGGGUUUUGUCCUCUAGGGCUAUGCUCAGCCAACCAUACAGUAUCCCUGUUUUUUAGGAAAACUAGUAAAGCGAGCUGCAAGAAAACAUGAAUCUUCUCCUGAAAGGCAAUAAAAGCCUUGGUGAUUCAUUACACUAUUCAGCCGUGCCAUUUUUUAAUUUUGAGAUAUUCUUUUCAACACAUGCAGUUCAAGAGAGUUAAGACUAUGGUAGAAGAGAUGAUGUAUCUGUAUCCAAGUAGAAACUGCUGGCAACUAUUAAUUCUGCACAACCUUUUAAACAGCAUAAUGGAUGUUGAGAGGCCUCUAAUGUUAAUUUAUAGUUUGUACUCCAGAGAUUUAAACUAUUCAAUAUCAGUGUUUGAACAUGCAAGUUACUCAUGAUAAAUGUGAAGUUAUUCUUCCUAUCUGAGCUAAUGUAAUAAAACAGUACUUGGAAAAAUAAAAUGUAAAAUACUGUCAAAACAUAGUGACUGCACAUGCAGUAUGAAGUCCAAAAUAUUAUGAAACAAAAAUCUCCUCAAUCACUAAACCUUUCAGGUUUCAGAAGUAAUAACUGAAGUUUUAUACUUAGCUGCUGAGAGCAUUUGGCAAACGUUCAAAGCAGAAUGACUCCUGGAUGUGUAGGGGAGCCAGUCCCAAAGACACUGUACUAAAAAUAUCAGGUCACGAUGCUAACUUUCACAGAGAACUGUAACAUUUGGUGACCUCACUGAAAGCAGAGGCCACUAGGAGCAUGCAUUUACAUUGCUGUGAUAAAAGCUCUAACUUUUUCAUAGUAACUCUGUUAGGGCUAACUUCAGAAAACCAAUUAUGUCUGUGCAGAACUUCAGCUGUUAAACUCACUGAAUUGAAGCCAAAAUUACUCUUUCCAUAGAGCAACUUAUGUGCCUUGCUGGGCUUAGGAUGGUCCAUACAACAGAUCUUUCUUUCCUUUCAAAAACUGGUACAUAUUUUGCUAUCAGCCACCAAGUAAUGCAGGAAUAUCCUCUCCAAUCUUCAUGUUACCAAUUAUAUUCUUCCAGCUUUCCCACUGUUAACAAAUACACUGGCUUCCUCCCAUAGAAGUCCAACCUUGCUCUGGGCUGUCUUCCCCCUGCUCACCAGAGAAGGCACGGAGUGCUGCACAAGCUCUGCUGCAUGAUGGCUGUAAUAGCAACAACUCUGCUCCCAAACAAAUAAUUUUUCCAUCAGAGCAGAGGAAACAUUUUCCCCAUAUAAUUUACUGUCACUGGUCACUACUAUUUCCCUCCAAAACUAGAUUUGAGGCACAGAACAAAUAUUGUUUCAGGCCUCAGAGGAUUCCCAAAUCUGAACAAGUCAAAUUACAUUCAUCCUUCUGAGGACACAGCAGUGCUUGAAAUCUUAGUGCCAGAAACAGUAGGGAAUGCCCAGGAGAGUUUUCCAGCCCGUGUCCUACAUCAUUCUUUACUACGCAGCUGUCUGCUUCUGUAUGUCCAUCAGCACAGAAGCAGAUGGACACAAAUAAAAUGCUACUUUAUUCAGUAAGGAUUUGAAACUAGAGAGCAGUACGCCUAACAAUCUAAAACACUGACAAAAAAAAAAAACUUCACACUAUGAUAGUAGGCAUUAUGUAGGUCUAGGACAAGUUAUACACAAGUGAAUUGAAGUAGAAUAAUAUCUCAUAAGCAUAAUGAGAUUUCUGACUCCAGAGGUACGGUUCCAUCUAAAUAUAACCCAGUACUUCUGCAUACAUGCCUGAAUGGAAACGAAAAUAAGAGAGAAAAGGAAAAGAGUAAAUGAAUGAUGAAGCAAAAAAGAGGGUAGCAAGGCAGGGAGAAAUCUGUGCCAGAGAAGAUAUUCAGAUUGAAAAAGAUCACCAAGACAUCCUGUUGCAACUGCAGACUAAUGAAGUAUUGACCAAGAGCACGAGAAACCAAGAACUAACUUGAAAAAUGCUGCUAAAAGCCGCCAGAGCCAUAUUCCUGACUCAAAUACUGUUCUAUAAAAACUUCAGCGCCCCACAGGCCUAAAAGGGAGCCACUUCUACCAGAUGAAGACUGAUCAAAUUUAAAGAAAAUGAAGGAAAGGGAGCUGGGGUGAAAGGCUAAUCCUUCAGCAGCACUCUUAGCAAAGCAAUAGUGGGCUGAUAUUUGCGCAAGUUUGAAUAAACAACUGAAGAUAGAAAUUCUUCAGUCUUCCUCAUUUCUUCUCUCCCUCCUUUACCAGCUAUUCAUUUUUCCAACAUUUGUCUCUUUCAUCUUCCCUGUGUUUUAGAAUGAAAUUUUGUUUUCCUUAGUGCUUUGACUAGAAAAAAAUUAUGAUCUUCUAUCCCCUGCACAGUAAUGACAGCCGAAGUUGUAAUAGUUCUUCAAAAAGAAAUCAAAACAAUGUCUGUCAACUACAUGUCUACUUUAAUACAGACUGUGCUCAAAGAGAUGUCUCAAGCACAUUGUGGUAUACUUUGAGCACUUCACUAUGGCUACCAAAGUUAAGAGCAAGCACUUUAAUUACAGGAACCAAGGAUAAAUCAAAGAACAGGCAAAAAAAAAUUAACAGAAAAAACAACUUAUUUUUAAAAGAAAAAAAAUGCUGACCGCAAAAAAAACGUCACAAUUCAGUACCAUAACUGCUUAGUUUACUGUAGGAAUCAAUCUGCAGACACUGAGUUCCCAAUAUUUAGAGUUCUGAACACCAAUAAUGAAGAAUCUGACAAGGACCUUUGAACUUCUUAAACUUGGUUUAAAACAAACAUCCUCCCCACUUGGACAAGCUCCUCACAUACCAGCAUUUGGCAGGGUUUAACCAGAAAAUGCAAAAUUGUUUCUGAGAUGAGGUUUUAAAACACUAGCAAAGGAUUUCAUUGCACAGACAAGAACACGGAGGCAGUGCCCCUGACUUUUAGUCUAGUGUAGGUCCUCAGAGAAUAACUUUAAACUACCACUUAACUUCCAAAAAAAAAAAAAAAAAAAAAAAAAAAGACAGCCAUUCCAGCUAGAUUUCCCAAGGAAGAACACUCUUAUGAUCAUACUGCACAAGGUUUAUACUUUCUGUACAUGUAGCUGGGAAGUUAUUUGAAAUUAUUUGAAACACUCAUGAAACACAGUGAAUACACAAGUAACACUCCAGACUGUAUACAAUCCAAACUAGUCUGAAUGCUGUUGCAUGAACAAAGAAAUAAUAUUAAUUUUUGACAUUGGUUUUUAUGUCUCCUCUUAAUCAGAAAGUUGAGAAAAACUAUUCAUUUCACAGACAUUUGACAACAUUCUCUGAAAUUUAUUUAAACCCUGUCUAACAAAGUUUAUUAGGGCAAAGCAAAUAUAGAUUAAUGGGUGCCUUCUGUUGAAAUAGUCACAGUUCCUCACUGAUACAGAGCAAUUCUAAAAAAUUUUAACUGGCUGUAUCACAGGUAUUACCUGAAUGACCUCAGAGACUUCCACUAGCCAUCUUUAUUCCCAAAAAUUCUACACAGCACAAAGAGGAAGUGCAGAAGAAGACCAGAAACAAAUUCUGCUUUCAAGGCUUUCCAAAUGAUUUCUAUCAAUAUCUCCCAGGUACUGUACAAGUUAUUUCAGUAUCCCUAAAAAACAUGGGUGAACCGACCCAGCAAACUAGCAGUGUACUCACACUGCUCCAGCCCCUAUGAGUAGGGUAUAGGAGACCUAGGUGCUGCCAGCUGCGCACAGGCUCCCCUUUGCUAUUCCACUUCCUGCAGCUGGAGCUGCAAAUAACAACCCUUGCUACAUCUUCAUUACCAAAUUCAUUCUGGAAAAGUCCAAGGUUGUUCAAAGCUUUGCUUCAUGUUAACCUGAGCUGAGAAUUUUCAAGCAACAAGACUAAACUUCAGAUCCUGAAACUAUUGCCUCCUAAUUGAAUGGUUCAGUUUUAAAAGCAAUGAACACACAGCAGCUUACUUUCAAAGCCCACUGCAGCCUUCAAGUCACAUUGAAAUUAGUGCAUAGGAGGUGCCAAAAUACUCACUGCUCCCAAAAGAUCUUUUAAGUAAAACAAAAAUGCAGCACAAAUACUUUUUUUUUUUUUUUUUUUUUUAAAUCAACACAGUAAGUUCCCUACUCAGAUAAUGGAAUCUAUUUCCAUAUCAGCAUGACUCAGCUACAGUUUAAGGAGUAAUUCAGAGAUUUAAGUGGUUCUGUACCACUCCCCUUCAGUCCAUUGCUUUCUCCUUCCUCUCCACAUAUCCCCAUUUUUUUCUUUCUCUGCAACAACACAAGCUAAGACCUGGACAAGCAAUGUGGAGUGGUGAUCUCCUGUUUAGUAUCCUAGUGUCUUCUGAAGCAGUGUAGAACAAUCAUGACUUCUCAGGACAGACAGGAGUUGUGUGAAAGCCCAGGGUGUGUUGCAGCAUAUUUUUCCAAGACUGCUCCAGCAUAUGCCUCCUGUACAAUUUGGCCUACUGCCCAUAGCAGUCUUAGUUGACAUGAACUUUGAGAACCUUCCUGAACAGAAAGGUGUCACUUCAGGAUGCAGGAGUACAAGGCUAGAGAUGUAGUACUUAGACAUGAGCAACACCUGAAGCUCUCAGAUUCUUUGAGCUUAACUCACGUUAAGAGCCGUGCUUGGCAGUCAGUUGAUUAAGACUAAGUUUACACCACACGUUCUUCCACAUUCUGAAAACACAAAGAGAAUAUUCUUCACAAGCAGCUACAACAAUAGAUGAGCUCUGUGAUUUUUAGAAUGCAGUGCACACUAAAACAUGGAAAACAGCGUAUAGGAUCUCUGAAGUUUCUCUUUCAAGCAUGAUUUGAGGAUUGCAGUGCUAAUGCUUCAAUUUGAUUUCACAGAGAAAAAUUCUUUGUUUACAUGAGUUUGCUGUCAUACAACACCAGAGUAUCAAAUGGAGGCCAAAACUCUUUGAAACUAAGAAAGCCUAUAAGAUUUUCAAAUUAAAGAUAAAUUGUCCAGCUUUUGAUACAUUAUCUCCCACCACACAGCUCUUACAAAUAUAUUUGUAAUCUUAGAAAUUAAUACCUCUGAAUGAUUAGCACAUUAAGCUACAAUUAAAUACAGUUUCAAGACAUAUAAGGAGACGUGUGACUAUCUUACCACUCUGCAUGUAUAGCUCCCAUCCCUUCUUGACUUCAGUCCAUUUGCACCAAAUAAUGUCACUAUAAACUCUAUUUUCCCUGUGUUAUGGGUGCACUCUGCCUACAGCUGUGCUAUGGAUGAGGCCAUAGGUCCUCUCCAGAGAUGGCUCCUGAGAAGGCCUCUCCAAGAUGACAUGCUGUUCCAGCUCCUGGGGCUGCAGGAGGAUGGCCAUAUCCCACCCACACUUUCAUGGAAAACAACUGUCCCUUGCAUCCAAGAAGCUCACUUCCCACUCUCUUCCUGCUAGCUCUCGCACUUUCACAUUUAUCUUAAAGGUUAACUGGCUUGACAGCAGGCUACCAGUGUAGACUAAAGAAAGAAAUCAUUUUUUCCCAGUGCCCAUCACGGUGUUGUGCUGAUGUUUCACUGCAGAUGGCAAAAUUUCCUCCUGCACUGGCGCACUCUUUGUUUCUUCAGAAGAAGCAUCUUUGCCUUAACACCUUAUAAAAAUGCUAUCUGCAUAUACCAGUGAAGGCCAGCAAGCAUCAUCCCUUUGAAAACGUUUUAAAGUUACCUCCAACCAUCUUGCUCCCAGAUUCAUUAAAUCUCUUCUUUCUAUACAUAUGCGUAGGCGCAAAAGUUCCCAGGACAAAAUCACAGCCCUCUAUUCUUGAUGUUCAUUGAUAGUUCAUUUUCUGUACCUUAUUAUUCCCUUUCUCAUCACUGGAUAUUUCAUCUUGACUUCAGGAUCACACGUAACCCAUAGAAUUCAAAGUGACUUGAGCACAGCUACAUCAGCCCUCAUGAAACAUUUUGAUUAUUGCUUAAUUUUGAUUCAAAUUUUGAAUACUUAUUCAAUUAUUUCAUCAAAUAUUAGUAUGGAAGGAUAUUAUUCAAAAGUAAAGCUGAAGAGAUUAAAGUUAUGAAAUAAUAUUGAAUCUCAUAAGAGAAACCUAGUUUUGUUUCAGUUCAGAAUGGGAAAGUGAUCUCAGAAACCGGGAUUUUCUGUUCCCCAUGGAUGGUCAUCAUAAGAUAACAUCAACAUGCCCUCUUGAGCCCUGGCUAACAGCAUCUUUUCUGAGUUCUACCAGGCCCAGAGUCCAAUCCCUGCAGUCAACAGCCCAGCUGGGGAUGCAGGACAUGCACAACGCAUCCAGAUACAGCAGGAGAAGUAUCUCUUUGCUCCAGCAGUGGCGGGGUAGUAAAGAAUGUCACGUAUCAUACAAACUGUAGUGUUCUCAAAACAGCUCACUUCCUUUCUUCACCAGCUCAGUGUCCACUUCACCCAAAUCAGUUCCAUCCCCCAACAGUGUUCUUUUUCCAUGACAAGGCUUCAAAACCCCCAGAGGCUUUGAAUGGGAACAUGACGACAAAGCCAGGAAACUCACAUUAGUUAAAAGGAACGAGAACUGUCUAUUAAUAAACUCACAGGCAAAUGCAUCUGUAAACUGGUGUUAAGCCUAAAUUUAGGAGUAAGUUUAAAAAGGAUUUAUGAACAAAAAAAUUUCCUGCAUGAAUUGUUCAGUAUGAAUUAAACUCCCAGCUGCAUGUAGCUGGCAGAUUUCUGUUCAAGAAAUCAAAUCAGAAGUCAUUCAUAAGCUGUCCAAAAAAGAGAAAAAAAAAAGAAAAAACAUUCCUUUUAUCCACUUACAAAGAAAAUGGAGGCAUUUAAGCAUCACGACCUUCGAUGUCAAAAGAAAACCUAUAAACAACCACAUAUCUGGAAGACUGGCAAGUUGUUUAGCUGCUCUUCAAAGAAAAGUUUGGGAAAAGAACAUGUGAUGAUGUUCACACUGAAGAAAAAAAUAUUUAAGAGAAAAUUCACACACCUAGACUUUUUAUAUCUCUAUAAUAGCACAUUUUAAUUUUCAAAGCUGCUCCUUUUGACUUUUCUCAGAACUAAAAAUAAUAAUAAUUUCAAAACAAAAGCGGAAGUUGAUUACUUUUUUCUCUACAAAAUCUAAUUGUUACUAUUCAUAAGAAAGCUGAGAGGAUAAAAGUUAAAAUAAGAAAAAAAAAAAUCAGUUUUUCCUACAAUUAGAUCUUUUCAUUUUAAAUGAAUUAGGGAAAAAAAGGAAAUUUCAAAUCUCCAAGUUUGAAGCAAUAUUUUGUUUCAGGAAGGUGAGGGAAACUAACAGACAUUUGUAACAGUCAGAGGAGACAAGGACCCAGCAAGGCUCCCACCUGGUCUGGGCACCGAGGAAGAGGAAGGAGCUGCAGCACUCACAGCUAACAGCUCUGCUCUCUCAACACACAGGGUCAGGAGAAGCCAUCCAUCCACCACCAGAACUGGGCCAGCCAGGAUCUGUGCAGCUAUUUCCCACAUGCCAUUCAUCUUUAUCUCCAGCACUGACAAGACAGAUGUCACUGGUAAU